AUGAUCGUCCUUUUCAUAGACUUCGGUCAGCGCCUCGAGGGGUAUUUGGAGCAUCAACUUGGCUUCCCCGGUCAAAGCAUUUCUCUGGUGGUCCCCUUCAUUGGCGAUUCUCUCACUGCCGGUAUGACAAAUUGUCGUAUUUCAAUUAUGUAUGAAUGGACUGUUCAGUCCAUGAACUUUGCAUGCGUCGGCCGAUGCGCCUCCGCAUCUGCAACAAGACAACAUGUUGAGUUUACCGGCCAAGGCCGCGGUAAAGAACAAGCUAUCGGCAACAUCUCCGGGUGGGAUACAUCGGACCGAUGGAUGGUCCUCUCGGAGUUGUUUGAGUCCUUCGAAAAUUCUGAUCACCCGUCGUGGAUUGGAUUGCCCAGGCAUGUUGUCAUGUCAGCCCAAGUUGUAGCCUCCACCUCCUGGAAAGACAGCAUGCACGACUUCGGCUGGAGUGGUAUAGCCAUGGCCCUUUGA